AUCGGGACGUGAUAUCUAUGACUCGGAAGAGUGAAGAGGGGCCAGGUUGUUAAACCAGCUCCAUCGCCGUCGCUGCUUCGCCGAGGCAAACAUUACACAGCGCAGAUAUUUUUGUUGCUCACAAUUAUCAUUGUGGCGAAACGUGUGCCGAUUCUGUCGCGCACUAAGAUUCCGGCUCGGGAGAAUUGGUGUCUGUUGGACUUGAGGGGAGUGUUUAAGUUUUGAGAUUGCGUCUGUUCAGUACCUGUUUUGUGGCGGUGGUUUGGUGGUGGCGUUGAGAUUGUGCCCCAGUGCGUGUCGAAGCUUCCCGCUUCCGUGUCAUCUUUUGUCUCUUCGACAUUUAGUGGCUAGAAAAGCAUUCCUCAGUGGUAAUUGCUGCUCGACAGCUGGUUGCGUAUGAGCUUCCAAGGCGAGCGUAGGUGGUAGUCAUGCAGAGUAGGACUGUUGAAUUUCUGGAGGGGGGGAUGUGAGCGUGCGGUGAUGUAUAUCGUGACCACUCGUCUCUGGGAAGAGGUUGGAUUUUGCUGCUUAAGAGUUCGUGGGGAGAUGAAUAGCGUUGAUUCUGGUUUCUAUGUGUUUCUGCAAUUCUUUUUCCUAGGGUCGGGAGGUUGGAGCUAAUCUUUUUCGAUCGGGGUUUGUUCUGAAGCAUAUUUAUGGUCUGGAAUUUCUUAACUCUAUCCUUCUGCCGGAAGUUUGUGGUUGGGAGGUGUCGUAAAUUGGUCGAGCUGCGAGGAAGUAUCGUUUUUUUGUUUUGGAUAUUCGGUGUUUGGGAGUAGGGCCCCGUUUAUAUUAUCUGAAGGAACACGAACCCCGUUGGUCGAGUUUAGUUUCUGGAUUUUGUUCAGGAGGAGGAAAUCGUUAUCCUGAUGGUGCAACGAGGUUUGAUGGAGAGUAACCGUUUGCACAAAUUAGAAGAUCGGGAUGCAGCUCGAAGUCUUCACUUCACGGGCUCGAUUUAGAAAUGGACAAAUUCGGUUGGAGCGCAUCUUGACUAGUGAAGAGACGGAGAGUGGCUCGAUUGCUGUGUUCUCAUUAUUUAUUAGGAAAAUUUCGCCGUCGAAGACAUGUCGCGGAGACGGGAGAGGAUCCUUUAACUCGGAGCUUACUAGCAAUACUUGCCGAAAUUACUUGACCUAAAUUUGUACGAACUGGCCUAUCCACAUUUCCACAAGUUCUGCCCAGCAAUUAGGUUGACUUUGCUAGAAAAUUUGUAAACUUGGCACUUCAUGGCGAACAGACAACCAGUUCAAAUUCUUGUGAAAAGAGCGUCAGAAGCUGGGUCAUCGCUGACCCACGGUCAUCGACGACGUUCUCCAUCUGAAUCUUCAGUAGUCGGAGAUGAAGUUGAUGAGGCAGUUAGGAGGAAGAAGCGGGCGAUCAUGCAUACACCUGCUAGUGAUGCUGAAAGACCUGGUCAAUUGGAGAUUGUCUCAAGUUUUGUGGGGCAGGCAAUCAUCCCAACAAAUAUCUUUGGGGUUCUCUUUCCGAACCGAAGUUAUCCCUUAGACGCCUCCAACUUCACCCAAGUUGACACUCAGAAAUGGCUUCUGAACAUGGAUAUUUUUGUUGGUGAAGCGUAUGAUCAAGUGACUGAGAUGUGCAUCUAUCUCUUCCACGAAGCGUCCAUCCCAGCCGACAAAGCAGUAGCAGUCUACGUUCAAUCUCCAGGCUCUAAUUUUCAAUUUCGAGGUGGUGUGACCAGGGCCUGUCCUUCAACCGUGCUCUCAUUAUUAUGGCCAACAACUUCGAGCCAGAUGAAUUUGAUAGGUUCAACCUCUCGACCUGUUACCGCCAAAAUUGGGGUGGCAAUUGAGGACGCGGCAACUCUCCCAGCUCUGAAUGUAGGUCGGCAUAGGCAGCUUGAGCAAGUGGCCCUAAAUGUGGGACGUAAUUUGUUCAACUUCAUGCAGUCAUUCUGCCAUGUUCAGGAUAAUCACCUUGUGGUUCCUCGUGGAAUUUUCGAACAAUGGUACAAGAAAUUUGAGGAACGAUCACAGAGAGAUCCUGAAUACGUGAAUCGUUUACUUGCGGCGUAGAACGUUUUUUUUUUAUUUUUAUUUUUAGUUUACAGUGCAUAGAACAUUUUUGUCACAGAUGACAAAGGUGCAGAUCUGAGGAUUCCCAUAGCAAUGAUCUGAUGAACGUCUAUUUGAAACACGCAGAAAUUUAAUCAAAACGAUCAAUUUGUUUUUCAAACAGUUCAUAACA